UGAGGACGGACUGGAGACAUGUUUUCCUGUGUGGUUCUAAAGAAAACAGAAGAACACAGUCUUCAAACAUCAACUAAAUAUAGAUGAAUAACAUAUGAAUAUGAAUCUCAAACAGACUGAGGAACAGAGGAAGAAUGAACAGUCGUCUGGUGCUCAGCUUCCUCUGGUGGCCAAACAGCACAACUGCGACCUUGUUCGGGUGAUUUCUGUUUUCCAGAGUCUGAACUUGGAACAUUUCAUCAUGAGUGAUUCUCGCAGCGCUCUACACUCCAGACUUCUGCAGCUGCAGAGUCGCUUCACCUGGGAUCUGAGAAAGGACGACAUAGAGCUGGAAAACCUCAGCACUCGACUCCAGGACCAUUUAGAGCUUAAGCUGGGACAGCGGGGUGCCGUGGCUCGCUCCUAUAGCUUCUUGGCUUACGUCAGGUAUCUUCAGGAUCGGCCAAAGGAUGCGGUGUCACUUCUCCACCAAUCAGAAGAGAAGACCAGAGAGUGUUAUGGUGAGGAGAGUGAGCAGCGGCUCAUCGUGACGUAUGGAGACCUGGCCUGGCUGAAGUAUCACACCGGAGACUACACUCAGUCAGAAAGCUACUGUCAGAGAGUUGACAACAUACUGUUGAAGUAUCCUACUGGCUCCUCUACAGUCCUCCACACAGAGGUGUAUGGAGAAAAGGCGUGGACCUACCUCAAGUUUUCGAGGUCUUACUAUCCCAAAGCCAUUGACUGUUUCUACAAAGCUUUGGAGCUGCAACCUGAUGACAGUGAAUGGAAUGCUGGCCUUGCUAUCGCCCUUUUCCGCACAGAAGCAGCAGGUUCCCAAAAACCCCAGGAAUCUGAGGAGUCCCCGGCCACUAAACAGCUCCGCAGAGCCCUGGACAUCAACCCUGAUGAUGGGGUCCUGAUGUCAAUGCUGGCCCUGAAGCUGGCCGGCUACCGGAAACACCAAGAGGCUGAAGGCCUGGUAGAGACAGCACUGAAGAUCGGUCCAGAAAACCCUCAUGUCACCCGCUAUAUUGCCAAGUACCUUCGCAGUCAGGGUGAAAUUGAGCGGUCCAUUGAUCUGCUGGAGAAAGCACUGAAAAGGACCAGUCAGUCAGCCUUCCUCCACCAUCAGCUGGCUCUGUGCUACAAGAAUAAGAAGAUUGCUGAGCAGACCAGGAAGCCCUCCAACAUCCAAAGAGUGAAGCAGUGGAGGCGCCUGUGUAUUCACCACCUUGAGGAAGCUGUCAAGAUAAAGACUUCAUUUCUCCUUGCAAUUGCUGAUCUGGCACUGCUGUAUGGAGAAGAAAAGGACUUCAGCAGGGCUGAGGAGCUGUUCCAGCAGGGCUUGAAGAUGUUAGAGUCAGAGUCAGAGAACAGCAUUUGUCAGGUUGUCCAUCAGCGCUAUGCAGACUUUAACUUCUAUCACACCAAAAAGGAGGCUGAAGCGAUCAAUCACUACACCCAGGGUCUGCUAUUAACAUCGAAGACAUGGGAGUCCAAACUAUGCGCAAAGAGGCUGAGGCAGAUCGCAGAGCGACGUCUCUCAGAAGACGGGAAUGACGGCCAGGCCUACGCUCUGCUGGCUGUGUUGGCAAAAGCUGAAGAUGACAAGAAGAAAGCUGCUGAAUUUUAUGAGAAAGCUUUGGACUGUGAUGAAGACAAUGACAAGUACCUGUCUGCUCUGUGUACACUGCGCAUGGAGCUGUAGAGACCUGAGAGGAGACAUUUGAGUGCACUUUAAGUUUGAUUAUAAUCACUGCUGUACUGUUGCACCUAUCAUCAGUUAGAAGUCAUUUUAUCAUCAGUUUACCUGGUUUCCUUCACUUAUUGAAUAGAUGUAUGAAUAUUAAAAGUAGAACUGAAUCCUUAUACCAAGGUCUCCUACUGCACCGAAGCUUUAGUGAUGAGGCUCACUGUGAGUCUCUUUGGAUAAAAGUGUCUGACACAUGAGUAAAUGUAAAUGUAGACAAAGUCACAUCUGCAGUUAGAGCAUUAACAACUCAUCAUUAAACCUGAAUGCGAUUUAUUUGGUUUGGUCAGUGUUCUGAUAUUAGACAUUAGUUAAACCUCAUUAAUGUGUGAUAUCAUUUUAAUUCAUGUAUGUUGAAGCAUAAAUCACUCUGCUGAAACAGUGGGACAUGUGUCUUAAAUGUAGAUUUAAAAACAUUAACCUGUUUCUCACUGUCACACAACUUUAAAUAAAUGCUGCUGUUGCCGUCA